CUCCAGGUUUGUUAGGGCCCAACAAACAGUUUACGCACUAGGCCCCUGAUGGGUUGAUAAUCAUAGGGACAGAUGUUGAUGUUAUAUUUAAGUUCACCAUGAUGACAUUGCAUCGUCCUCUACUUAUAUCCAACUCGUACUAUGGGCCAUUAUUAUAGUGACUGCUGCAUUUGUAUGGGAUGGGCGUGUUACCGGGGGCUGAGAAGUCCCAAACCCCACCUACAGAAAAGUUCCUGCAGGCAGACACAGAAGGAGUAGCAAUCCCUCUCUGUCCCGGCUCCCCAAGCUCAGAUCCAGGCUCUUGUCCCGCUGCAGAGCCCUGACGACUGAACGCCAUGGAGCUCCGUUAUGCGCUCGUAUGUCUCUGCGUUAUGGUGCCGUGGUGCGCAUCGGACACUACUCUGAGCAAUCGUUUGGUCUUGGAGCCUUACGAUUUCCUCUUCGACACGGCGGUGGAAGCCUACUACAAGGGGGACUGGUUGUCGGUCAUCCUGAACAUGGAGAAGGCGCUCAGGAACAAAGCUACGGUGCGCAACGUGAAGGCUCAGUGCCGGCUGAGCUGCGCAAACCAGACCGCUUUCGGCGAGCCUUUACCCGGCCUCGGAGUACCCGUACCGGGGGCCGGCUCCGUGAACGAUCUGGGCUUCUUCCAGAAAAUCCUCAAGCGGGCGGAUUGCGUGAAGUCCUGCGAAACGGAGAAGCUGGGUUCACAGACUAUGCACCUAGUCGGUGAAGAUGUGGAGCUGGAGUUCAAGAAGAGGACCCCCUAUAAUUACUUACAAGCCGCUUACUUUAAGAUCAACAAGCUGGACAAAGCGGUGGCGGCUGCCCACACGUUCUUCCAGGCCAACCCAGAUCACAUAGAGAUGAGACAGAACCUGGAGUACUACAAGAUGAUGGCAGGAGUUCAGAAGGAGGACUUCAAAGAUUUGGAAGCAAGGCCACACAUGGCUGACUUUCUGCUGGGGAAGAGCUUCUACAGCGACGACUCGUUCGGCCUGGCGGCCGAGCACUUCGAAGCGGCCUUGGAGGAGUUCUUCACGGCCGAUAAGGAGUGCAGAGCUCUGUGUGAGGGGGCCUACAACUACGAUGGAUACAACUACAUGGAGUACAGCGCGGACCUGUUCCAGACCAUGACCGACCACUACAUGCAGGUGCUGAACUGUAAGCAGCACUGCUCGGUGGACCUAGCUACAACCCCUGGCCGAGAGAAGCCCUUUGAAGACUUCCUGCCCUCACACUUCAACUACCUGCAGUUCUCCUACUACAACAGUGAGAAGUACGAGCAGGCCAUAGAGUGCGCCAAGACCUACCUGCUGUUCCACCCCAAAGACGAGGUGAUGAUCCAGAACCUGAAUUAUUAUUCUGCCGUGCUGGGUGAGGACAAGGCCGGACCCAUAUCAGCCAGACAGGUCGUGAAACAGUACAUGCAGCAGUCUCUCCUGGAGAAAGAGCUGCUCUACUUUGGAUAUGAAGCCUUUGGUAUCACCUUUGUCGACCCAGACCCGUGGACUCCCGAGGACGUCAUGCCUAAGAAACUGAGAGAGAAACAGAAGGUCGAAAGGGAAACUGCAGCGAGGAUCACGGAGGAGAUAGGAAACUUAAUGAAGGAGAUUGAGACUCUGGUUGAGGACAAGAAGAAGGAUUCUUCAGAAAUGGCCAAGAUUAUAGUGCCACAGGAAGGUGGCGCUCUGUUGUACGAUAACAUCCAGGUGACCAUGAUGUCCAAGCAGCUGAAUGGGACUCAGCGGGUGCUGCUGGACGGGGUGAUCAGCGACGACGAGUGCAGGGAGCUGCACCGCCUCUCCAACGCAGCUGCUCAGAAAGGCGACGGAUACCGGGGGCGACCAUCACCGCACUCCCCAAAUGAGAUGUUCCAGGGAGUCACCGUCCUGAAGGCUGUCAAGCUCGGACAGGAGGGGAAAGUUCCUCUGAAGAGCGCUCGUCUGUUCUUCGACCUCAGCGAGAAAGUGAAGAAGGUGCUGGAGUCCUACUUCCGUCUGGAGACGCCGCUCUACUUCUCCUACUCCCACCUGGUGUGUCGCUCCACCAUCGAUGAGUUGCAGGAGGACCGACAGGACCUGAGUCACCCCGUUCACGUGGACAACUGUGUGUUGGUUUCGGAGAUCAACGAGUGCAUAAAGGAACCUCCGGCAUACACCCACAGAGACUACAGCGCCAUCCUUUACUUAAAUGAUGACUUCGAAGGAGGAGAGUUCAUUUUCACCGAGCUGGACGCCAAAACAGUCACGGCUACGGUGCGUCCGCAGUGCGGCCGUGUGGUCGCGUUCGGAGCGGGUAAAGAAAACCCCCACGGCGUCAGAGCCGUCACCAAGGGUCAGAGGUGUGCCGUCGCGCUGUGGUUCACCCUGGAUCCUGCUCACGAAGAGAAGGAGAGAAUCCAAGCCGAGGAUAUGCUGAAGAUGUUUUCCACCCCUGUGAAUUCGGAGUUCAGCCAAAACCAGGCGGCCGACACCGGCGCACCAGAAGCUCCUGCCCAGGCUGAGCAGGAGCCAGUGGAUAAAAAACAAGACGACAAACCCUCGGAGGAGAAGGAGGAGAAGCCUGUUGCACCAGCCGAAGCGGCCGACCUGCCGAAGGACGUGCCAGAGGAGCCAGUGCCGGUCAGCAAGACAGCUAAAACUAAAACUAUGCCUAAAGACAAGGCCAAAGCUGGAGAGCAAGCAAAAGCCAAGACGGCGGACAAAGUCAAACCUAAAAAAGACGGAAAACAGACAGUUAAAAAACAAACCAAGCAGGCAGAUAAAAAGGAAACAAAACCGGCUGCAAAAAAGACAGUAAAAGUGGCCGCUAAGAAGAAGUCAACGUCGGACAACAAGGAGGAACUGUGAUCGAACAGCAACUGACUGUCCCCCUUAUUUGUUUUUUUUUAGAAUUUUUCUACAGCGGUCUUCUCUGUGGGUGGUGGAAUGAAACCAAAAAACUUUUUUUGCGUUCUAUUUAAUUGAUUACGGUCACUCAGUGGUUACUCAAAUUCUUCUUUUUCUUUUUACUGUUGUUGCCGUCAGUCUGCUCGAGUCCCUACGAAUCACCGUAGCCAUCUUUACUCAGCACCAACUGUAGAGAGGGAACUUAUUCUCAUCUCACUUUUGAGCAAGAUCCCACUUUAUUUUCUUUGUGAAUCAGCGGAAUAAAAUGUGCGGUUUCUAA